AUUCACCCGGCACGAACUUAGAGAUUGUUCUGCUGAUAGCCAUCUGCCUCGAUACGAUCAUUGCCUCAUGAUUCUUCCUGGGCCGUUGGUUCGAAUUCCAAGUAACUUGCACGCGCCAUCUUCGGAUAACACAGAACGAUGGCCAGUCCUACCGGGCUUGAUUUCGGCUUCGCGCCAAAGAGGAAGGUUACAACUUACGGCCGAGCCGGGCGGAAGAGGUCUCAGGCGACGACAGUGGGUGUCCUGAGACAUGCGGAAUCCGCGCCCGUGAUUCCGACAUUGUCCACUUUCAAGUUGCCUUCCUCCUCGCCCGAGCCCGCUCGAAUGCCGGCGCGCACCAUCGACUUUGGCAAGAGCCUUCAGCAGAAGGACAGCGCGAAAGACAGCGCAUAUAAUUGGGCGGGCAGCCAGCCGCCUGCCGAAGCGACGCAAAGUCAGCCGACCCCAGAGAUAUCCCACUUCGAGUCGCCCCACGAUGACAGCACACGAGCCAAGAAACGAAAGCUUGUGAGAGGGUAUUCUGACAAGGGGAAAUUGGCCGGUCCUUACUCCACACCGGAUUCGUCACCCCCUACCGAGCGAUCGCCUGGGACCGUAGAUGAAGAAAUCCCAAGGUCUGCACCAUCAGCGAGGCCUGCUGCAGUUUCUCGGAAAACGCCUGAAAAAGUCUCCAUCAUGAAGGAGACUGACCAUUCAUCGAUGCCAUUCUCGGUGAAGACAUCCCGGGCAUUGAAGAAUCUAAGCGUCAGUUCAGAACAACUGGAGGGAAGCCAACAAAUUCCGAUCCGUCUCUCCGGGCAAUCUUCGUCGUCUAGGUUUGCCCCUAAGGGACCACUACGUGGAACUACCGCUACAGCCGUUGCCAAGCCGGAAUACACGACGGCUCCUCCCGUCCGAAAAAGGCGUCUGAUUGAUGCAUUAGCUGCACAGGCGGAGGACGAGACUAGCUCUGAGGAAGAUGAGUGUGUCUCGCAGGCAUCCGAGGCUUCGUAUAGCAAACGGGAGCCAGCAUUUCCGGAGCCCAGUCCUCCAGCGUUAGCGACUCCAAGUCAGCAAAAGAUUGUUACUCGUCCAGUCAUCUCGACAAAAAGGAGUGGCCCAAAGUUCACGUAUAGUCAGCAGAGGACGAUGUUAGCUGAUGAUGACUUGCUAGGAGGUAGUGGGUUCGAUGAUCCUAGCGCGGGUUCAAACGGCGGGUCCCUGUUCAAUUUUGGACGGCUGACCAAGACUUCAACUAUCAACAACUUCUCUCAUCUUGAUGAGGACGAUGAAACCGUCAACUCAGGCGCUGUUCGGAGUCUUCACGAGCUCAGACAAGCCGGCGCGAAUAGCCGCUUCGCCGACGAAAUGGAUGAUAUACUCGACAGAGUCGGCACACCGUCAACGAAUCCUUCGGGUUUGCGGAGAGGUGCUUUGAUGGAGGUUGCUCAGAAAAUGAAGGACAAAGACUUCCGUCAACAGUUCCGUAACCACAGCGACAGUAGCAACGUAUUCAAUUCUAUUGGAAGGGAAACGGAUUUGGCGUCUGGAUACGCGAUUCUGGCUGCCGUCACUACUCUUCUCGCCGCUACCACGUCGGCUCAUCUGAUCCAGCAGUUCCGAUCGCAGGGCCUUGCCCAGCUCAUCGGCCGGCUUCUUAAGGAGCCAACCGAUAUCGUCAUACUAACCAAAAACAAGAAAUACAAUGUUUCCAGAAAUGGCCAGGCAACGUUAACGACAAUAAGAGGCUCACUCAUGGACCUACCCAUCUGGGAGCCUUUCUCUCCGACAUGUUUGUCUCCGCGCACGUUGGCUUUGAAGUGUUUGGAUGUUUUCAUGCGGCAGUCUACCCAUGCGUCGGCCGAGGACGACUUCUUCUCCCAGGAGGUUACGGACCGCCUGUUUUCGAUUCUCUCGGAAGGUGUGACAAACCCUGCGUAUUGGGACUUCCCAAAGCAGCACGAGGCAUGCGAUUUCUAUCUAGCACUCUAUGUGCUCGAGGCCCACUCAAUAAAUGCGAUGCAGUCUCACCUGAGUGCCAGGUGGACCAAACAUUACGCACCAAUCAUUGCAGACGUCUUGGAAGCAGCUUUGGAUCGGCCCGCCGAUAACUUUGACGACCUCGAGAGCCUCACAUUGAGGAUCGCUUUGAACGUCACAAACCACAACGGCGAAGCCUCUCGUCUGCUUGUUGAGAAGGGGCUGCUUGGGCGCUUGGCCAAGGCGGCGUGUAUCGCCUUUGGAAUGGUAUUGAACUCGAUGAAGGUCGACUCAUUCUUGUCAAAAGUAUUAGAGUCCCUCAUCAUGAUGCUAGGGGCCAUGAUCAAUUUUUGUGUGUAUUAUCCGCCUGCUUCGGCCACCCUUGAGGAAAGAGACGACGGGGCCACAUCACCCCUGAAUCAACUCAUCCGAGUCUUUGCAGACAACCACUCAAAGACAGCAGAGGCGGACUCGAUGGAGGAGACCCAGCUCAACGUUGCUUUGGGCUAUCUCUCAAUCCUCCUGGGCUACCUUUGCUUGCGCGAGUCAAUCAGGGACCGGUUUGUCUCGGUUCACCGGAGAAGGAGUAUCCGACCGUUACUCGAUUCGAUCAAUGAGUUUAUCGCCUUCCAUCAGAAAGUUGCGGAGGCGCAGGGCGGAGAGGGAUCGAAGCAGGAUUCAGAGUCGGCGGCCUUGACUCGUCUGCAAAGCCUGGUAGACCAGCUCACAGCACAGGACUGAGAGCUGGCCUAUCCGCUGUUGCAUACGUCUUUUGAUUUGCAAAGGGUGUUGGGGGAUUCAAACGAGAACAUGCGGGAAGCGGCUUGUAUAGGAUGACGGGAUGUCGAUUUAUGAUUGGGAGGCACGUUCUCAGUUAUGAUGUUAUGGCUG